AUGCCUAUCACUGGAAGGAGGAGGAACAAGGUCAAGGGUGUUCAAUUCACAAUUAUGGUCGUCGGCGCUUCUGGCACCGGCCGCACGACUUUUGUAAACACCCUCUGUGAAGCUGACGUCCUUUCUCACAAGAUCUGUGACAGCCCAGAGUCUGCGCAUCUUGAAGAGGGAAUCAGAAUCAAACCUGCCAACGUUGAGCUCGAAGAGGACGGCAUUCGUAUUGCCCUUACUAUAGUCGAUACCCCUGGAUUUGGAGACAACAUUGACAACGAGCAUGCUUUCCAGGAGAUCAUGACUUAUCUUGAACGUCAAUACGACGAUAUUUUGGCAGAGCAGUCCCGUAUCAAGCGUAACCCUCGCUUCAGGGAUAAUAGAGUACAUGCUCUAUUAUAUUUUAUCCCUCCGACAGGCCACGCUUUGAGGGAAAUGGACAUCGAGUUGAUGCGACGGCUCUCGCCUCGUGUUAACGUUAUUCCCGUCAUCGGCAAGGCUGAUUCCUUGACACCGAAGGAAUUGAAGGCAUUUAAGAAGAGGAUAAUGGAGGACAUCGACCAUUACGAGAUCCCCAUCUACAAUUUCCCUUAUGACGUUGAGGAGGACGACGAGGAAACUAUCCAGGACAACAUGGAGUUGAGGGCCUUGUUACCUUUUUCCAUUGUAGGCUCGGAGGAAGAGAUAGAAAUCGACGGAGAGCCCGUUCGUGCUAGAAUAUACCCAUGGGGCAUCGUCGAAGUUGACAACCCACACCACUCUGAUUUCGUCAGACUCCGUGGCGCUAUUCUUGGGUCUCAUUUGGGUGACUUGAAAACUUUGACCGAGGAUGUCUUAUAUGAAACUUAUCGUACCGAAAAACUGUCGAGGAGUGUUCAUUCGGAUAUGCGUGAAUCACAAAUACUUCCCGAGGAAUUAGCCUCUCAAAGCGUUCGUCUCAAGGAGGAACAAUUACGCCGCGAGGAGGAGAAGCUGCGUGAGAUCGAGUUGAAAAUGCAGAGAGAAAUCAACGAGAAGAGGCAACAACUCAUGGCGAAAGAAGCAGCUCUCAGGCAGAUGGAAACUCGGAUUGGUAUCCCCGGAGAUUCCAGCUUCUAAACUCCUCCCUUUGGACUUUUUACGAUCUAUAUUCUUGAAGGAUGGCUUUCUUGGGACGGAUAGAGCUACGAUAUUUGAAUAUAUACAUACGUAUACCCUUGCACAGUAUGUAAAGAUUCGGCGAGUCGGAAGCAUUUCCUGGUUU